AUCAUGUUGGAUAAAUACGUAAUAGGUAUACUUUUUAGUGACAGUCGUAUUAUUUGCUAACUGUGACUGAUAAAGAUUAAAUAUUUAUGAAAAUAUUUUUUUUUAAAUCACUAAUGUCGGAAUUUUUAAACAGUCCAACUUGGCCGUUGUCGUUUUACCCUUUGUGAAUCUCUUUGGGACGAUGUUCGUUGAACGCAGCACAAUGUCGAGCUCAGCACAUUUUAUCGUCUUAGUCCACUUUAUACUUUUUAAAAACACUAGUUGACUAAAUUACUCAAUCUCUUCUAAAAAUGAAGCCAGUUAUUCAUUAACAGCUGUUACAAAACUUACAUCACAUUUUUACAUAAAUGGGAGGCAUUACGUCACACCAGCGACAAGCAUGAGGCGAGCAGUUUCAUUGGUACAAUUUGCAUUAUUUGAUGCAAACCGAGCAACAUUUUUGACGCCAGUUGCGUGUGAACGCCGAGUUUUUACGCACUUUAUUCACGGAAAUACGACGCUUUUCAGCUCUAAUAUGGACCUCAGUGACAUGAGAAAGAAAUACAAGGGAGACGAAGAGUGUUUCGAGGAGAACCAGUUGACCUCUCUGGACCCAAUCAAGCAAUUUGGAAGCUGGUUCGACGAAGCUACCAAAUGUCCUGAAGUUGGCGAGGCCAAUGCCAUGUGCAUUGCUACGGCAACCAAAGAAGGACGUCCGUCGGCCCGUAUGGUUCUGCUUAAAGGUUACAGCGACGACGGCUUCCGAUUUUUCACCAACUACGAAAGUCGCAAGGGAACCGAACUGGAAAGCAACCCUCACGCCUGUCUGGUGUUCUACUGGGAGCCUUUGAAUAGACAGAUUCGCAUUGAGGGUGAGGUGGAACGCAUCCCCUACCAGAGCUCCUGCGAUUAUUUCCACUCGAGGCCGAAGAGUAGCCAGAUCGGGGCGGUGGUGAGCAGGCAAAGCACCCCGGUUCCUGACAGAAAUUUCCUGAGGGAGAAGAACGCAGAGCUGGAGGCCAAGUACAAGGACACGCAAGUGCCGAUGCCAGACUACUGGGGGGGCUACUUAGUAAAGCCCCAUCUGAUCGAGUUCUGGCAGGGUCAGACCAACAGGCUUCACGACCGUAUCGUUUUCACAAAAGUGGCCGAAGACGCCGAGCUGGGCGAGCAUCAGCGGCGUGGUGAGGGUUGUUGGGCUUACCAACGACUCUCCCCGUGAUCGGCAAACAUAACCUGGUCCUCUUUAAAAUCUUCAUCCUGACUUUACUUGAGUACUUUGAAACGUGAUAUUUCAGAAAAAGCACAAAAUGUGAAUAAAUUUAGUAUCAUUUUGAGUUUCAACCGUCCUUUUGCCUUUUAAUGCCAUUAAAAGUGCCACUGAUUGUGUGUAAUAAUCGAUGUUUUUCCAUUUGUCAUGAAUAAAUUAUC